UGUACUGAGUAAUUGUUCUUAUUAUUUAGCUAUGAUGCAAUAUAGUGUAUCUAUGACCUCAAUGAGCAUAGUCGUAUUACUAUUGUCGACUCUCUCUACCCUCGGCCUUCUGCUCUCAUGUCCUUUCUGCUAGCCUCGCCCCUUUGUUUUCUUCUCAUCUGGAACGUGAACAGGCCGCUUGCGUUUCAACAGGUAGCUGGAAGACGACUGAAUACUAAGAAAGGAUUAUGUUACAAUCGAACCGGAUUUGGUUGGCGGAUCGCAUCCAACCUUUAGGUGCGUACAGCGCCACCUACUGUACUGGUGUGAGGCCAUUCGGCCUACGUACGUUAAUUGAUAUGGUGACCUCACAAGGAGAUUCCACAGGUGACCUCACAAGGAGAUUCCACUGCUCUGGUGACAGGAAGAAGAUCUGGUGUUAUGACAACUCCAGAUAUGGGUUCUCUAUUUUUUUCUUAACACUUAUUUUUCUUAAAACUGCAUUGUUGUUGAAGGGCUUGUAAGUAAGCAUUUCACUGUAAGGUUUACACAUGUUGUAUUUGGCGCAUGUGAAAAAUAACAUUUGAUUUGACACAGGAGAGAGACACAGCUCCAUUCAAUAACCAGUUCUUAUUGCUACUUUUACCAAGAAACAUUCAAACUCUGCUGGGACAAAAAUGAAUCGAGAGGAGGGAGCGUUGAUGGAUGAAAUUGAAAAGAGUUUAUGGAAUUUGACUGAGGACAAUUUACGUUACCUUUGUGAACGUUAUGGCCAAGAUGCAUCCGAAGUUAAAGGCAUGGAUCACCGCUCGCUGAGGCGUAAAAUCAUGGAGGAAAUGUGGGACAAUACGGAUUCAAUGAAAUUGAAGGAGCAGGGAAUGUCUUGGUUAGUCCAACUGAAAGAGGACAUCAGGAGGAUACAGGAGGAUGCUAGUGGUGCACCGUCGAGUCCCCUCCAGGCUGAUGAUGCUGUAGACUGGGAUGAAGAGUGGAGCGGAGAGGGAAGGGCUGGGUUACCUAGCAACGGGUUGGAGGCGGAGUCCGUGAGUCCCAGACAAUCCAACGACGCUGCAGACUGCGAUGUGGAGGACGCGGAUUGGUUACCUAGCAACAGACUGGAGGCGGAGUUAUCUCCAGAAAGGCACACACUAGAGCAAAGAGUGAGAGGCGACACGUCUCUCCCGAAGACCCUGUGUCGUGCCUCUCCCGGUAGCGUCUUCAUUUUGGGUCUGAAGAGGGUGUCUGUGCAGCUGAUGGACUGCAGGAAAACACCGGAGCAGAAAACCCGCAAGAAAACCCACUCCUGUGCUCAGUGUGGGAAGAGUUUUGCCACAAAAGACAUUCUGGAGCGACAUCUGCUAACUCACACUGGAGAGAAACAGAAAAAUAUAUGUGCUGAAUGUGGGGGAGUAUUCAGUACAUUUUCCAGCCUUACCAGGCAUCUGAAAACUCAUACUGGAGAGAAAUGUCAUGUUUCUGAAACCACAUGCUCUGAAUGCAGAAAGACAUUCAGUACACAUUCCAGUCUUAGGAGACAUCUGCUAACUCACACUGGAGAGAAACCGUACGUUUGCGCUCGUGGGAAGAAUUUCAAUGAUCCAGGAAACUUGAAGAAACACAUCUUUAGAACUCACUCAGGAGAACAUUUUGAAGAGGAACCUUCCAAAAACAAUGUUGGUUCCUCAGAACAUGAUGUGGCCGUGAAGAAACAAGUCCUUCAUCCAUGUGCUCACUGUGGUAAGAAGUUGUCAACCAAAACAAGACUAAAGAUUCACCUGAAGACCCACACUGGAGACAAACCUCACGUCUGCCCCGACUGCGGGAAGAGUUUUGCUUUCCGUCCCUCCUUGACCAAACAUCAGAAACUUUGUCAUUCAGAGCACGGAGGAGUGAAACGGCACAAAUGUUCAGUCUGUGGGAAAGUCUUUAAUCAACCAGGAGCCUUGAGGUCCCAUCAAAGAACCCACACUGGAGAGAAACCCCACCUCUGCUCCGACUGUGGGAAGAGUUUCUGUUUUCGUUCGUCUCUGAGAAGACAUCAGGUACUCCACGCAGGAGACAGUGCGAAGCCCCACGUGUGCUCUGUCUGUGGGAAAGGCUUCAGAGAUUCUGGAUACUUAAAAAAACAUCAAUCUAUCCAUUCAGGAGAGAAACCUCACCUCUGCUCCGAUUGUGGAAAAACUUUCACGUCCUUCCUUAGCUUAACAAAUCAUUCCAAAUCACAUCGUCUAGAUAGAGACCAAUUCCAAUGCCCUGAAUGUAAGCGCCAUUUCCCAACAAAGGAAAGGCUGUCAAGCCACCAGAGGACGCAUACUGGUGAAAAGCCUUUCUGCUGCUCCCAAUGCCACAAGCGCUUCUCUCAUUCAAAUAGUUAUCAAAGGCACCUUCGUAUGCACUCCGGUGAGAAACCCUUUGUGUGUCCUCUCUGUGGGAAGCGAUUUAACGACUCUUCGAACCUUAGAACACAUGUUAGAAGACAUAAAGGAGAGAAGGUAGGAAAGACACAGGUCUCUGAGCCAUGCCCUCACUGUGGGAAGAGGCUGGCUUCUAAGGCAGGGUUAGAGACUCACCUGCGGAUCCACACUGGAGAGAAACCUCACCUCUGCGCCAACUGCGGCAAGCGCUUUACCUUCCUCUCCGCCUUGAGAAGACAUCAGAAAACGCAGCACAGAGAGCAAGUAGCAAAGCCACACGUCUGUUCUGUCUGUGGGAAAGGCUUCGUGGAGUCAGGAGCGCUGAAGAAACAUGUGGUGACCCACGAGGAGAAACAGCACCUUUGCUCCGAUUGCGGGAAGAGUUUCAGGGUGCUUCAGGCCUUGUCGAUUCAUCAGAAAACCAAGCAUCAGAAAACAAAUGAGCAAGUAAGAGAGAACAAUUCGUACCUCUGCCUUACUUGCGGCCAGGAAUUCAAUUCAAAGCAUAGAUUGGUAAUCCACGAGAGAAAGCACACAGGAGAGAAACCUUACCAAUGCUCCCAGUGUGGCAGGUGCUUCGCUGAUAAGACUAACAUGAGACGUCACCAGACGGUGCACACAGGAGAGAAACCAUUCCAAUGCUCCGUCUGCGACAUGAAGUUCUCUCAAGUUGCCUCUUUAAUACGGCACCGGCUAAUACACUCGGGUCAGAAACCGCACCACUGCACUUACUGUGACAAGAGUUUCUCUCAGUCGAACACGCUGAAAACGCACAUACUAACCCACACCGGAGAGAAACCGUACCAGUGCCCCGACUGUGGGAAGGGUUUCACUGAAAAGAAAGCCAUUAAGAAACACCAACGCGACACACACGGGACAGGGGCACACAGCAACACACUGCUGUCUCAUAGAGAUUGAGUCAAGACCGGAGCCCUCGAGCAAAGCCGUACCAAUGUCCUGACUGUAGAAAAUGUUCCUCCGAGAAAAGAGCUCUUGUGAAAAACCAGAAGACACACAGGAGACAGCACCCCCUAUUGUUUCAUUUUGAUCUGAAGGUUUAAGAAUGUUUUAAAAUAAACAUGUGCUUU